AUGGCGGUCCGCCGCUCCGCCCGCCUGCGCAGUGUCAGUGCCCAGGCUUCUCCCGCGCCCGAGCCCCAAGAGUCGACUCCUCAGGCCGACAAGAGAUCCAGACUUGCAUCUGUUGAGGAACGCGACGAGACUACUAGUGAUGGCCCCUCUCCCGUUCGAACCCCCGUCACCAAAAAGAAUCUCCAGACCACCCCCAACACGGGUUUGCGUCACAAGAUAGCGGAGGCGAGAACCCCAACCUCCAGCUCUUCAGUUCGUCCACCCCCAGAGGAAAUGCACCCUAGCAAGGCACAGCAAAGCACGACCAAACGGGCCGACUCAGGAUUGAUUCUGGGCUUUAAUCCCAUUCAAAAAGAUGCCAACGGCAACAUCGUGAAGAACAGUGCGAUACAAAACACACCUUCCAAGUUGAAGGCAUCGCCCGUGCCCAUCCAAUUCGGCACUCCCGGAUACGAGUUCAAGUUCGGCCAGGAGUCUCAACUCAGCGAUGAAGCCAAACACCUGAUGGACACUGUUCGCGAAGAUGUUGCACGAAUCAAAGCACAGAUGAUUCACGACAAGUCGAGGCAGGAUCAACAAGAGCAUGAGGCCGACCACACGCACGGGGACCGGAAGAUUGCAAAGCCCAAGGGCAAGGCUGGACGGUUCAGUGACGUGCACAUGGCCGAGUUCAAGAAGAUGGACUCAAUUGCUGGACACCCUUCUUCUUUCCGGGCCACUCCCGGUCGCUUCCACCCUGUGGCAAAGUCAUUGAAGCGCACCAAAUCCAAGGCACUGCUUGAUGAACCUGAGUCCCAGAACCCCUCACCUUCGCGAUCUCCGGCGAAGCCAUCCACCGGAUCCGCAUCCACUACUGAUACUCCUACGGCUAAGCGUGCUAAGCCUAACCCAACGGACAACGCAUCAAACAGCCGCCCUCAGGUCGAAAAGAAGGAUCCCCCCACUCAGAAGCCAUUUGGUCCGCGCCCCCGCGCAACGAUCAGCAAUUCCCUCAUGACCCCGACCCGGGCCUCUAUUGCGCGCUCUGGGUCCGUCAGUAUCAAGGCUCCGAAAACAUCACUGAUUCCUUCUCUGGCACGAUCUCCCUCUACCAAGGGUCUAGCAUCACCUCGUACCCCACGUACCGAGUUCAACCCGCGAUUCAAGAGCAGCCUGCCCACCCUCAACAAUCUCAAGUCCAUUCUUCGCAAACGCCAGCCCUUGUUCUCUCGGGACCCUUCCAAGAUUGCAGCUGGAACCCAUGCGGCUGCGCCUGACUUCAAUCCUAACUCGCUCUUUGGCGCUCAAAGUGAAAUCGCUCUCUCCGCCCCGACUCCGUCGCCAAAGAAACACGUUGAAUUCACCCCGAGUGUCAAGUCUCGUUAUGACCUGACACAUACAUCGCCUUCUCGAACCAAGAUUCCCACCACUCCCUCUCGUUCCACCUUCACCGAGGUUGUCUACCCCACUCUUCCUACUCUCACCCCGGAGCAAACUGCAGCUUCUGCUGAAGCAAACCAGCUCAAUGCAGCAAUGUCACCCACCAUCCGACAUAUUCGCAAGUCGGAUGCCGCCGAGAAGGGAACUAUGUACCCCGAGCUGCCUGUUGUAGCCCACGGUAUCGCCCAUGGGAUCGGAAACAAGAGACACCGGGAUGAAGUGGAUGACGAUGACUUGCCGAAUGCUGAGAACGCCGAGAACGUUCCCCCGGCUGAUUCGCAUUCGGAUGAGCGCACCACCAAGAGGCUGAAGAAGUCGAACUCGCCAACCCCCAGCCCUGUCAAAUCCCGACCUAUUAAGACCCCCGUUCGCUCUUCCUCGGUUCGCAUGGGUACUCCUACGAGUACGACUGCCAGCGCGAAGCAAAGGUCCCGUGGCGUUCUCAGUCUGAGCCGCCUGAACAUGCUCGCCAAACCCAAGGGGCGGGCUUGA